GCAGCGCGCACGCACGGAGCCAGACGUCACCAUAUGUAGUUGGUGACCGUCGUCUACCUUCCCCUGCUUAUCUAAUCCCCCGCUAUCUGCUGCUGCUGCUGCUCCCCCUCCUCUAUCGGAGCGGAGUGGAGCAGGGUAAUGGAGGUUCGAUUGGAGAGCUUGAGAUGGACGGGGGCGAGCCCAAGAAUCUCAUUCUCCCACGACGUCGACCUCCCGCAGACCGACGCCUCCGAGACCACCGACGCCGAUCGCCGCCUCGACGUCUCCCUUCCUCUGGAGGUUUCCGCACCCUCCGACUUCGACUUCAGCCUCGCCAUCGACGCCCUCUCCCAUGACCAUUCCCUCGCCGACGAUCUUUUCUCCGACGGCAAACUCCUCCCCCUGCCCAUCAAGAAUCCUCCCUCCUUGUCGCGGCCGUCGGCGCCAGUAGCAGCCCCUCCUGCAUCAGCCACAUGCCGGAGGAGCCGCGACAGCCUCCGGGAGAUGAUGACCGGUCCCGAGGCCAACGGCAUCGGAAGAGCUUCUCCGCCGACGCCCUUUUGGCGGUUCCGCAGGAGCAGCAGCGUCGGCUACGGAAGCAGCAGGAGCAGUCUUUGCCCCUUCCCCUUGCUGCGGAGCAAGUCCUCGGGUUCGUCGUCCACGCAAAGGCCAAACGCUAAGCCGGGCAUCACCGACAACAGCUACUCAUCGGCCGGUAUCAGCAAAGGCAGCAGCCGCCCAUUCAGCGAGCUGUUCAGGAAAGGCGCAAACGAACCCAAGACAAAAGUCUACUACUACUCGGGGAAUUCGCGGCGAUCAUACGGUAGCAAUGCAGUGAGAAUUAGUCCGAUUCUGAACGUGCCGACGCCGGGCAGCGGCAGCAUAUUCGACUAUCUUCUCUGCAAACGAGGGGACAAGAGCAUGAGCAAGAGCUCAGCUGUGACUAGUUAUCCAUAGUUGUUUGUUUGUAAUGAUGGGAGCCUUACUUUGCUAUCACGGGCCGCCUCCUCUCACUUCUUUUUCUUCUUUGGCCUUCGUCUACUCCACCAUGCGGAGUGCCAGGAAUCGUGGGCUGGGAAUCAUCAAGGAUGCUGCGGGAAUGGGGGACAGCAAGAACAGGUCCAUGUUUGCAUGCUUGUUAGGUUCCUUGGCGUGUUUGUGCAUUUAAUCUUUCACUUUGUUACCGCUUC